AAGUAUUGAUUGAUGAAAGUAAACCUUUCCCUCUAAAACCCUACACAGUACACUCGGUGUUUCUGUCUUGCAAAACCCCAACUCCUCCUCCAUCUUUACUUGUUCAACUAGCAAAAAUAAACUAAAAAUGCGACCUUUCGCUCACCAUGUUGGUAACCAUCUUCCUUCUACAGCACCCAAUGGUUCUGUGCCACUACAGACUGUUGGAAAUACAAGCAAUAUGAUGCCUAAUCUUAUGCAAAUUCAAUCACAGAUGGGAUAUGUUAAUCCCCAAAUAUCAAUUCCUUUUGAUAAUAAUAAUAAUACUAAUUUUAACACAAAUUUGGGUAAUGGUUUUAUGAAUUUUCCCGAUGUUAAUGGUUUGCAAAAUGGUCAUCUGGGUAAUUCUAUUUUGGGCUCAGCUCAGCAGAUUCAAUCUAAUCAAGGGUUUUCUCCAAAUAGUUUUGGGCAUAAUUUGAAUGUUUUGGGUUUUCCAGUUAAUGGGCAGUUGAGCAAUUUAGGUCAAGGAAAUCAAAAUCAAUUGUUUGGGAAUAAUGGGCAGUUUGGGUGGCAGAAUCAAGUACAAAGUAUGAACCAACUUGGGAAUAUGCCAUUAUUGAAUCCUGCUCAACUUAAUGCCUUGACUCAGUUAUUGGGUUGUGCUAACCAAGUUGCUCAGGCUAUGAAUCCGCAAAGUGCUGCGUUUCUUGGGAACCCACAGCUUGGUUUUGGCCAACCUAAUGGAGGUCUACAGCAGAGUAAUUUCAGUCAACAGCUGCCGCUUGUUUCGCAGCAGUUGCAGAAUGUUUCUGUUCCACCUUCCAAUCCUGCUGCUUUGUCUCAUCCGCAUGUUCAGUCCUCAAAUUUGCAGGGUAAUCAAGGACAAAAACAAGGCUUGCAUAAUUCGAACUUAAGUCACCAUCGAAAUAAGAAUUUUAUGCACCAAAAAAGAGAAGCAUCUAACUGGAGGUCUCAAAAGUCUCAAGAUCGUCAGAUACACAAUCCAAAAGGAAAAAUUAAUAUUUCCAAUGCAAAGGAGGGGAAAGCAGGCAUCAACAAUGCUGGGCCUAAUGAUUCUGCAAACCAAUCUAAGAGUGGAAAGCGAAGGUCACUCGCUAUGUUAUACACUGAGAAAGAAAUUCACCAGUGGCGUGAGGAACGCAAGAAGAAUUUUCCAUCAAAAGACAAUAUGGAGAAGAAACUGGCACAGAAGCAAGCAAAUGCUGAUGCUGCAGAUGAAGAUGCCAAGUUACGGCGUCAGCAACUAAAGGAUGUAUUGGCAAAACAAGUUGAGUUGGGUUUUGAAGUUCCAGAAAUUCCAUCACACUAUCUAUUGGAUCCGGAGCACCAGGCGGGUCACGGAAGGGACAAAUCUAAAGUGCCACUGAAUAAGGGACGCUUCCAGAAUAAUGGGAGAUUCCAGAACAGGUUUAAUAGAGGGGGAAGAUCUGACAGAAGAGAUCGCUUUGCUGCAAGGAACGGCACAGAACAUGAUGGUUCCUUCAAGAAGCAUGAACGGCUUGGAAAAAGACAAAGGUUGGAUGGUGAUAAUUCAUCAAAGACUCCUAUGAGUACCAAAGAGCCAACGCUUCUGCAAAAGCUUCUCAGCACUGAUAUAAAGAGAGAUAACACCCGUCUGUUGCAGGCUUUCCGUUUCAUGGUCAUCAAUUCUUUUUUUGAGGACUGGCCGCAGAAACCUCUUAAUUUUCCCAAGGUUAUUGUCAAGGAAACUGGAGUUGAGAAUGAUGUAAUUGAAGAAAAACCAGACUCGUUCAAGGGAGAACUCAGCAACAAUGACGAUGAUGAUACUUCUGAUAAGAGUGAUGGUGAAAAUGGUGCCCCUCAAGAAGAGGGAGAAAUCACAGACUAGGAGGAAGAUAUUUCUUCUCUUGUUAAUUGUAUUAUAUGUAUACAUUUUCAUAAUACUGUUAGCUUUAAGUGGUCUUUUUGGUUGAUCUUUGAUUAUUUACAGAAUGUAUGAUCUAAUAGUUAAACUUACAACUGAAAGCUACAUUUAAAGAAGAA